AUGACCGUCACUCCGGUCGCGGGACUCGGCACCUCCACAGUUCUGAAAUCCAACUUCGUCGCCUGUCCACGUGUUCUCAGCGGGCCGAUCCGGUCCAACGCUCUCAGUGCUUCAAGCGCCGGGAGAAGGCGGCUCGUUGUGCACGCACAUAAGGUGGAGGUGGAGCAUCAGGGUAAAACACACAUUCUCGAGAUUCCCGAGGACGAGACCAUCCUGUCCGCCGCGAUUGACGCUGGCCUGGAUCUGCCUCACGACUGCAAGCUCGGCGUGUGCAUGACGUGUCCUGCGAAGCUGAUUUCGGUCUCCGUCUCCGCUACUGCGUCUCCCCCUCUUCGUAUCCGCUGCUCCGUUUGUCCCACUCCGUCUCCCCACCUCCGUCUCCCUCUCUAUCUCCCCCUCUCUCUCCCCCUUUCCGUCUCCUCUUCUCCGUCUCCCCACUCCGUCCCCCCCUCUCCGUCUCCGCCGCUCCAUCUUCCCCACUUCAUCUUCCCCACUCCAUCUUCCCCACUCCAUCUUCCGCAUUCCACCUUCCCCACUCCAUCUUUCCCGCUCCGUCUCCCCAUCUCUGCCACCCCCUCUCUGUCUCCCCCUCUCCGUCUCCCCCACUCCAUCUUCCCCAUCUCCGCCCCCCCUCUUUGUCUCGCCCACUCCGUCUCCCCCUCCCUCUCCCGCUAUCCCUCUUCCCCUCUCAGUCUCUCCCUCUCUGUCUCCCGCUCUCCGUCGCUUCCUCUCCGUCUCUUUCUCUUCGACUCCCCCACUGCGUCCGCCCACUCCGUUCCUCCCUCCCUGUCACCCUCUCUCCGUCACCCCCUCCCCGCACCCGUUGCUCCGUCUUCGUUUCCCCUCUCGGUCUUCCCCUUUCCGUUGUCCCCAUAUUCUCUCCUGUGUGUUGCGCCUGUUCCAUAUGUCGUAUAUGUUUACGGUAACAGACGGCGCCUCUCGUUUCCUGAUUGCUACCCUCCGCCAUUCGACCUGGUCGACCUGCGAAUCCGAAAGGCCCUGGAUAUCCCCUUUAACAAGCCCCUCGAGAUUCUUUACGAUGACACGGACGGAUACACAGUGCCACUCUCCAGUGACGAGGACCUCUACGGCGCGUUUGUUCUCCAGAAGAAAAACCUGCUGGACGUGACAGUUGCUUACAAGGCCGGCGUGACAGAUCCCGUCAACUUGACAGACUCUGUCAACACAGACCCCGUCAAGGCUAAAUCCCACGUCAGCUGUGGGAGCGGCGCCAGCGUUUCUGUCGGCGUCAGCACUCCUUCCGAGCCGCUUCAACCCCUCUCGUCCUCUGAAGCAGGAGCAGUAGCAGCAGCUACAGCUUUUCCCUCUUCUUCCUCAACCGCCCUUGCUCCCUCACCUGCCUCAUGUUCCUGUCAACCGUCUAUCUACGUGAUAAUUGCAAUACUUAACGGCUCUAAAUGGCGCGUCCCGAUUCUCGGUUGCUCCCCUCCGCCGUUGGACCUGGUCGACCUCCGAAUUCAGAAAGUGUGCGGCAUCCCCGCAGACAAGCCCCUUGGCGUUUCUGUCGGCGUCAGCACUCCUCCCGAGCCGCUCCAACCCUUCUCGUCCUCUGAAGCAGCAGCAGCAGCUACAGCUGCUCUCUCUUCUUCCUCAUCCGCCCCUGCUCCCUCACGCUCCUCUGCUUUAGAGUCGACUCAUCUACCACCACCUCCUAACUCUGCUGCUGCUCUCGCUCCCGCCGCUGCUCCCCCUCCCAUGUCUCGUGUGCCCUACGUGAUAAAGUUCAAUUCCAAAACUGGCAAGCGUAAGUGGCGCAUCUCGUUUCUCGAUUGUUCCCCUCCGCCGUUAGACCUGGUCGACUUCCGAAUUCACAAGGAGCUCGAUAUCCCGGCCGACAAGCGCCUCAUGUUCCAUUACCAUGACACGGCUGGAGACUGGAUAAGGAUCGCCACUAGCGAGGACCUCUACGACGUGUUUGUUCUCCAGAAGAGAAACCUGCUGGAAGUGACAGUUGAGUACUAUCAUUGA